UUCAAGAUGGCAGCCCCCUUAGCGCGAUGUGCGAGCCUCCUUGUGCAGAAAGGGCCUCUGUCCCAGCUUUCCUGGGCAGGUAAAAGAUUUCUACUCUCAGCCGCAUAUGUGGAUAGCCAGAGAUGGGAGACAAGAGAAAAAGAAGAUUGUCACCUUGCUGAUCUAGCAUCUUUAAUGGAUAAAACAUAUGACAGAAAGUUGCCUGUUAGUUCCUUAACAAUAUCCCGGUUUGUGGACAAUGUUUCAUCUCGAGAAGAGAUUGACCAUGCAGAAUAUUACCUUUACAAAUUCCGACAUAGCCCUAACUGCUGGUACCUGAGAGACUGGACUAUCCACACUUGGAUUAGGCAGUGUCUAAAGUAUGGUGCGCUCGACAAAGCUUUAUAUACUCUUGUAAAUAAGGUUCAGUAUGGAAUUUUUCCAGAUAACUUUACAUUCAAUUUACUGUUGGAUUCUUUUAUAAAGAAAGAAAACUACAAAGAUGCUUUAUCCUUGGUAUUUGAGAUCAUGAGACAAGAAGCCUUUGAAGUACCUUCCACCCAGCUUCUCUCCCUCUAUGUCCUACACCAUUGCCUGGCAAAGAAGACAGAUUUAAGUUGGGAAGAGGAGCGGAACUUCGGAGCAGCCCUCUUGCUUCCAGGCCUGAAGCAGAAGAACUCGGUGGGGUUGAGUUCCCAGUUGUAUGGCUAUGCACUUCUUGGGAAGGUGGAGUUGCAGCGAGGGCUUCGUGCUGUGUACCAUGACAUGCCUCUCCUGUGGUGGCCUGGCUACCUGGACCGGGCCCUGCAAGUGCUAGAGAAUGUCAUCUCCACAGAUUCUGGGAAGCUGUGUAAAGAAGCGCUUGAUAUGCUAGACCGAACACUGAUGACCCUCACUGCUCCUGCUGCUGAGACUUCAGAGGAACAGCCCGAGGAGGGAGCUCCCAGCCAGGGCCCAGGAGCAUGGACGGAGCAGCUGGACAUAGAGGAAACAGAGCAGUCUAAGCUUCCACAGUACCUAGAACGGUUUCAGGCCUUAAAAUCAAAGCUUCAGGCUCUGGGCAAAGUUGAGACUGGAAGUCUUUUGACCCUGACAAGCCAGCUGGUACAAGAACAGCUCCCUGGCUGUGAAGCAGAGGACAUCAAGGUCUACGAGCAGAAGCUACAGCAAUGGCAUCAGGAGCGGGUGCAGCUGAUCCACAGGGAACAGGAGCAGAGGGAGAAGGCGAAGCGAGAGCACCAGGCUUGAAGGGCUGUCAAAGCAUCUGCAAAAUAGUCCCUCCUACCGUCGCCUCUGCCUUUUCUUAACACAGACCCUCCCUGUAUAAAAGCCAGGACGGGGGUGAGAGGUAGCACAGGGUUUAAGGCACUUGCCAUACAUGUGACCAGUUCCAGCUCAAUUCCUAGUGCCACAUAUUGCUACUUCCACCCAUAACCAUCCCCAAAUACCACCAGGAGUGAUCUCAGAGCACUGUACCAGAUGUGUGAGCACAACCAUGUCUGAUCCAAAAAUGAAAAUAAAAGCCAGGAUGGAUGUUCUGCAUAUAAAGGACACCUGUCCAGAUGUCCAAAAGAGCUUUAGAAAAUGGAAAAUUGGGCUAGAGCUAUAUAGUACAGUGGGUAGGAAUCUUGCACAAGGCCAACCUGGGUUUUAUCUUUGGCAUUCCAUAUGACUCUCUGAGCAUGGCAAGAGUAAUUCCUGAGCACAGAGCCAGGAUUAGUCCCUCAGCACUGCCAGAUAUGGCCCCAAAACAAUAAAGAACAUAGCAAUUUGUCUGACGAAAGCUACCACCAGAUAACUAGCUCUUCGGUAAGGAGCUCUCGGGCCUCUGGUGGCAUUCAUGGGCGACAGGCCUCAUUUUUGAACAUUGGAACAUUGGAGUUCCUGAUGCCUGCAGAUGGUCUUGGCAAAGGCUGUGUGUGAAAACUUGAAUCUUGAAAAGUCUCUUUGUUUUAGGGCCACACCCAGCUGCCAGUGGUGCUAAGAGACCACGUGUUAGUGUUGAGAGUUUACUACAGGAAUCGACAGAAUACUGUUGUUCCCACUGACUGACAGGUCAACUCACAGUGGCAUUUUAGGAAUAAUAGCUUUUGAGAGAGAGCAGCUCUAGUGCCAGAGCCUUCUUAGCAUCUGUAAUGUAACUUAAGCGUUAUCUUGGCCCCUCCAUUCAGUAAGUAAAAUGAGCCUCUUGUGUAAGACAUAGGCCUGCCCACACACAUGCACACAUGCAACUUGCACACACUGGAGACGGCAGUGACUGAACUUCCUGUGGUCGCUCUGUGUAAGGGGCUGGGGGAGUAGCUCUUGCUGUGUAAUUGUGCCUCUCAGUACAGUGGUGUGCUUUCAUUCCAAAUCAGGCUCUUCUGUCAACAACUUAAGGAAAUAAAUACUCUGGGAUUCA